AUGGAUGCUGGAGGUCUGGUAGAAGAAUCACAGUAUGUAGAAAAACUAGAAGAACCGAUCGUAGAAUUGCCAUUACUGAUCUCUGCUGGUUAUGAUCAGUGUAUCAAGUUUUGGGAUGUUGCAAGAAGCGAGGCACGAGAGAACUUCAUUCAUAAAGAAUCACAAAUUAACAUGAUGCGUAUUUCAUCUGAUGGCAUGUUUCUGGCAAUUGCUGGUUGGCAACAUGCUCGAGUUUAUAAUCUGAAUGUGAAUGUAUCUCCUCCAUCGCUAGCGUGUUCGUGUGAAGGAGUGGUCAAAAAUGUUACAACAAUCGGUUUUGAUGAACGUUCAAAUUGGAUCUUUACCGCCGGUGAAGACUGUUCUGUAAGAAUCUGGGAUUUCCGUUCUUCAUUACAAUGUCGAAAAAUUUUCCAGACAUUGCAAGUUAAUUCAAGCGUGAACUGCAUCGUCAUUCAUCCAAAUCAGACAACUCUUAUUAUAUCAGAUGUUUCUGGAUCUUUGUACUUUUGGGAUGUUAGAAAUAAAAGCAGUGAUAUGUAUUCAAAAUUAGGUCUCGAAAUUUUUGAACAUGUCACAUACAUUGAUAUCAGUAAAACAGCUGAAUUACUGGUUGGUGUAACAAAUAAAGGAAAACUGAUCCUAUGGUCUGUGGUGUCCAACUCUGAUCUCAAUGGGACUACUACGACUGGUUUUGGAUUGAAACAAAAAGCGAAAGUUGUCGCUCACUCAAAAUAUGCCUUAAGAUGCCACUUUUCACCUAAUUAUAAAGUCAUUGCAACGACUGGCGCUGAUGGUUAUGUGUAUUUAUGGGAUGUUACAAAUAUUACUACCCCUGUAAAGUCUCUCUAUAUUGUCUCUGAUCCAAUGAAUUCAACUCCAGAUAAAAUGGAAUCACAGUGGGUUUGGGAUUGUGCUUUUACAUUAGAUUCGAAAUACCUUUUCACCGCAUCUGGUUGUCAGUUGAAGCUUUGGAAUCUCGAAACUGAUGAGCUCGUGCGCCAGUAUCAAAGUCACAACAAAAUGAUAUCCUGUUUUGCGUUUCGAGACGGACAAUAUUCCUAA